AAUCCAAUCCGGUCAGCUCUCGACUUUCGGUACUGCGGGCUCCUUGGGACUCUACUUGGGCUGCUGUCGUGCCGCUUGUUUUUUCGGCGAGACAACUUUAAAUUUACCAGCGGGAAAAAGAACGCCGGAACGCAACCAUGAGACUAAGCAGAUUUGUGGAAUUCGGCAGGAAGAUUAUAUGCGUUGGAAGAAACUACCGGGAGCAUGCCGAGGAAUUGGGCCACGCUGUGCCCAAGGAGCCGCUGCUGUUCAUGAAACCUCCAACAGCCUACAUUACCGAAGGGCAGUCUAUAAUGAUUCCUCGGGGCUGCGAAGAGCUAGACCACGAAGUCGAACUGGGUGUGGUCGUAGGACGCCGAGGGUCGGCCAUUCGAGCAGAAGAGGCACUCGACUACGUGGCGGGAUAUGUGGUCGCACUGGACAUGACUGAUCGGCAGCUGCAGAGACAGUGCCAAGCUCAGGGCCUCCCAUGGGAGCGUGCCAAGGGCUUUGACACCUCCUGCCCCGUGGGGCAGUUCCUGCCCAAGGAGUCCGUGAGCGACCCUCACGCGCUCACCCUCUGGUGCAAGGUGAAUGGCCAGCAGCGGCAGAAGGGAAGCACCUCGCACAUGCUGUUCACCAUCCAGCAGCUGUUGGAGGCAGCCAGUGCGCGCUUCACCCUUGAACCGGGCGACCUCCUGCUCACCGGCACACCCAGCGGCGUCGGGCCCGUGCAUGCCGGUGACGUCGUCGAGGCCGGCAUCGAGGGCCACGGCCAGGUUCGCUUCCCAGUCGAGCAGCAGCAGCCUAAGCAGUAGUAUUUUGCUAGGGUCGGUCGUUUGCGGGUCGGUCAUUUGCCUGUUGAAAGGACCUGGCGCUAACGAGGUUGAAGGACAGGAGGAAGGACUAAUGCUAUCCAACGCUCAUCCUGUCCUCUGAAUUAAACAGGACAAGGAUACAAAAAAUGGCACGGAAAUAUGACCAGUACAGUGGUGGUCUUUGCUUUAAUCUACAUGUCCAUGUUCGGCUUGCACGGCAUCCUUUAUUCCUGAUGAGUCGCCUAGCCUGGCCCUAGAUGUUUCUGCUUCACGUGGUAUGUAUGGUAUGGUCCUUCCCGUCGUGUUCUGCAUCCUCGUUAGCGGUAGGUUCUCUAAUCGAUCUAGGCGGUCUCGUAGUUAUGAAGCAGAAUGUUCUAGUUCCACAUCUGGUUCCUCUUCGCAUGAUGAGUUUUUGCCCUAAGCACGGCUUUUCCAUCUGAAGCAGCUAGGCAGUCCGUAUGGGCAACUUUAGAAUGAAUGUGUGGAUGUUAGUGAUCCACCACGGAAAGCUACUUCAGAUUUCUUUUUUCUGCCGCUGCAGUCGCAUAUCAGGUGUAACUGCCGGCUCCUGUCUAAGAGUCUAGUUAGUGUACAGGCUUUCAACACUGGGUUUUCUUUAUACUAUAACCCAUUUCGCGCCUGGUGAUGAUGCUUAGAAUGUUGCAACUUUUUGUCAUGAACCUUUGAUGGACUUUACAAAGUACCUCAUUCUUUUCUUCAUUUUUGAUUUACUCUUUUCUAUCCCAGCAUUCUAGAAUAGAGAAAUCUGCACCUAUUACACUGCCGUUGAAGCGAGCUGAACACCGGUGCUAUAAAAAAAAAAAAAGAAUUCCUUGCUGCCUGGGCUUGCAUUCACGAUAAGCAAUUGCAGAAAUGAACCAAUCGGUUUUGGGUAAAUUUUCCAAAUGCCCAAACCUAGGACCCCAUGUACCGUAUCAUAUCUUUACAACACUGUGUGUAGGCAAGCUCGUGUGAACAAGCUACACAUUUGCUAGCUAGCUGAAAUUUUGAAAAUGUUUAGUAUUUGAAAUAAAAUGGCCAGCUUGUUAUUCGGCGGCUUUACAGUUGCAGCAAAAAUAAUUUUGAGCUUCUCUUUUAGUACAACUUGAAUAUGUGCACAUGUUCUGCACUUCAUUUCAAAGGCCUACAUGUGCCAUCUAGUGUAACCUACUCAGAUUACUAGGUGUUGUCCAGUAGCAUGGCCAGCAGCGUGUUACCUGAUGAUGCGGCUGAUAACAGUGCCGACUGGAAGUUCUCCGAGAGUACAUGAAUGCAUGGCCUUUUUUGGGAGGCACUGGCAGUGGCUGCUGUGGACCAUCUACUAAACAGACCUUUGUAGACCUUUGUAGAAAUCGACAAGAACAUCACGUUCGUUGCAUAUUUCCUUGCUCUUUCGUAGCACUGCGGGGGCUUCUGACAUUACCAGGAAAACGAAGCCAUUCCAGUUGGGCCCCACAGGUUACGUAAAGACAGGUUGGGAAUUGUCUCUGCUUAAGCUGUGCACCGUUGGCUACUCCGAAAUUUUUUCCCCGAUAGGUUUCUUCGGCAUGGUCAAGGUUCAGUUAGCAUGCUUACUGUUGUGUCUUUUCUGCAAGGUACCUUCGCCCUUGCCUCCCGAUAGCUCAACUCAGGGCCAAUCACUCAUUGUGACACAGUUUCAUUGAAGUCUAUAACUUUGGUCUUGUCCACUUCUCUUUUUCUCCUCUAGAGCAGAGUGUUGUGGGAUUCGUUUUUUUUUUUUUUCCCUCAACACUGACUGUGGAACUGUGGAUGAAUGAACAACUCUAUCAGAACAUUGUGGAACUGACGAGAAUGCGAUUUUCCACGUGUUUUGGAGUGCGCAAACCUUGAAGCAUGAUAGCCGAAUUUGAUUGGUCGAUCACGAAAGGCCCUGUGAGCCAUGGAGCCCGUGUCCCCAACACAGAAAUCCUGAUCCAAUAUUUAAAAACGGACUGUUCCAUUCCGUAUUGUCACCGAAGUUGCAACAGGUAGCCUCUCAUCCAACAGGUAGUCCGGGAAUUCUGACGGGUCGACUCAAUCACUUCGUUUGCUUGUUCCGCUGUUAACUGCAAACAGGCCUAUCAGUGUAUGUACACAAUCUGUGUCACGGAGCGGAUCAACUUGCUCUGUAUAGACUACUGAAAUUUACCAUAGCUUUCGCUGUGCUUGUCUGUAGACCUGGUAGUUCAAUGGCAAGUGUGAACUACUACCGUACUGCCGGGCUGCCUGCAAAAAGCGGCAAGGCUGUUUACAUUCUUGUUUGAUGAUGCCACACCUAAUAGACUCCUGUAUAUCGGUGUACAUCUUAGUGCAUCUAAGUGUUUAUAUACUACAGCAGUUUCUAACUCCAUCAGGUAAUCUGCCACCGAUCAUUUGAAGUUGCAGGGUUCCCUUGCCUUGGGGAUAGUAGAGGCAAGUAGAGGGCAGCUGAAAAGGCUUGAAUUGUCCUGGACAUUUUUUUAAAUCAAAACUGCCAAGGACUAGUCCGGAACAUCCAUUCGUUCCUCCGCCUCUUCUGAAUAUUGGCAAUCAUUUAUGCAUAGUUGUAUUUCUAAUAUCGGGGCGAUGUUUUUUUUUUUAGGGAGUACAUUCACCAGAUGAUAGCGAGGAAGUAGGGCUUCAUAGUACAGCCGCCCAAAUCUUUAACUAUUGUGCGCGAGCGCCGACUUUUUUGUGUGUCAGCGCCAUACGACGGAGCCGAGUUGCAAACAGGGCGAGAGUAAGUGCAUGCCCACGAAACGCGCUCGGCUGGGCCCAUCGUCUGCUUGGCUGUUCCUUCGUGAGAACGUCACCCUGCAUUAACUCACUUCAGACAAACAGGCAGCGUGUCUUACUCGUAUCUUAUAUUCCGAAGAUCAGCAAGCAACCGAGAAAAUGAAACCCGCAGACGUCACACACCCCCAACCCCCACACAUGAGAUAAGCUGACAAAUGUGGAUCCUUCACUUGUUAUCUGGCGAUGCAAAUGCCUUUUUUUUUCUGCACUUACUCUUGCCCUCUUUGCAACUUGCAUCCAUCGUACGUCGCUGACGCACAAAAAUGUCUGCGCUCGCGCACGAUAGUUUUGGUCGGCUGUACAUGGUGCUUAGUUCAGACUUUUCAUUUCUGGAGAUCUUCAGAAACGCGAUAUAACUGGCCUGCAGUUACUAAAUUAACUGCUAGUGUCACACACAUUUCAUUACACACAUUCAGAUUUCUACCUGUACAAGCAAUUUCUCUCUCUUUUUUUUUUUUUAAUGGCAUGUAAAGGUUUAAUGAUGCUGUCAACUGUUAGUGAAAGUUGUAGAGUGUGGUAGUGCUAGCACUUCUAAUGUCUUAUUGAGCUGCUUGCAUUUAAUAGCCUGUGUGCUUGACUAGCCACAGCCUUCUGAUUUUGUGCUAUGUUACAAGAAAAGGCUAACCACAUCUGGCAUGUGUAUACUGUGCAAUUAAGCUUUAACAUGUAUGUAUCUUUACGGGUGUUUUACGAAUCAGGUUUUACAACACGGUGAAUAGAAGUGUUUUACGGCAUAACUUUUUUAACUAAGAAACAAUUGUUUGAGCUUGUUUAACAUGUAAUUGCCGUUCAUGAGCCUGUGUAAUUGAGUGAGAGUCCUUUCAUGUGUAAUUGGAUGAAGGUUUUUCUCACGUGCCCGAGGACAGUUUCGCCAGAAAACUUCGACAUUUGUCUGUGUUAAAAUAUUGCAGGGCUGAUGACAUGCCUGUCUGUGAAGUCUUCCAAGCACUAAUUGCUGCAUCCGAGAGAGUUGACGUUUGAGCAGACGUUCUGUAGUGUGAGUGCACGUUGUUUGAAGUCGCACCGUUUGACCACUGGCCAACGUAAGGAGUAGUGUGAUUGAAAGUUGAAAGCAUGAUGUAUAGAUUUAAAAGAGCAGUGUUUGAAGGAGUACUUUGCUGUAUCGCAAACUGCUGUGUUGCAGCAUUGAAGAACUGCACCGGCAGCACGGGUGGCCAGACGUGGGACCUCUUGGAAGUUGAAUUUCAGUCUGAAAUUUUUUGUUUACUGGCAUACUUUCGGUAACCGUAGAGGAAUAUUGUCUUUACUUCAACCUGAAGCCAUGAUUACUAGUGCCGGCUUCAGUGAUGCCCCGAAACACUGCUGGUGUUUGGUAAAGAACUUUUUGUUGCACUGCGACGCAUGCGCAGUGUGACGACGCGUCUGUUUCCGUCCCGCAGCCGUCUCCAAUCUAUGUGAGGAUGGAAGGUUCAGCUUGGUUUACCUUCAGUUUUUUAGAAUUAACACAUUAUGUGUUGAUGCCUUUGUACUCUAAGGCGCAAAGUUAUGAGACAGCGUCUCCUAACUUUGCUCGUGCUUCUAGGAGCACGCUGCCGUAGCUUCACAGUAAACCUGAAGGGAGGCGUCAUUCUUUAGGACAGUAAGUGCCAGUAGCCAAUCUGAGUUGGUGCAUUUUGACUGAGCAAAAAUGGCUAGGAGGCCCACUGACCAAGACACUCUAAAGGGAGCAGAUACUGCACUCUAAAGGGAGUAAGUACUUUAGGCCAACUUUUCUUCUCGCUAACUAUACACAGCACAGUUGCAGACUUGCAAAUACGCCAUGAGCAUUACACAUGUUAAAUGAUGGCAUUAUUAUUGUGCUGUCGUUGAAUGCCAGCUCACCCAGUACCACCCAUUACUGCACGCUUGUACUUGUAGUGGGUGUGCCAAUGUUUGCUGCAUUACGUGGCAGUCUGCAGUCCUCUGUUCUCUGCUGCUGGAAUAGAUUCCCUCGUUCCUUAUGCAUUUUAGCUUUUUGUGAGUCGAUGCCACUGCCGUUUCUAGUAGCAAGUGCUUACGGAACAUUGUUCCGUUUCCGUGUGAAGGUGAUUUUUCUACUAUUGAACAAAUAAAAGUCGUUAAUAACAAUCA